AUGCCUACUCAUUGUUUAAAAUUGAAUAUUGGUUGUGUAAUUAUGCUACUUAGAAAUUUAGAUCUUAAAGCUGGGCUAUGUAAUGGAACCCGAAUGAAAGUUUGUGCUCUCCAAAACAAUUAUAUUGAUGCAGAGGUUUUGACAGGUGUUUCUGAAGGUAAACGGGUAUUUGUUCCUCGAAUUCAGUUGGCUCCAUCAGAUUCUAAUUUACCUUUUGUUCUAAAACGUCGUCAGUUUCCUGUCAGAUUAGCUUAUUCGAUGACAAUCAAUAAAAUUCAAGGUCAAAAAUUUGAUAGAGUUGGGGUAUAUUUAAAAAAACUAUGUUUCUCCCAUGGUCAACUAUACGUUGCAUGUUCAAGAAGUAGAGCAUUUAAUAGUUUGUUUUUCAAAAUUCAUAAACAUCCUAUUUAA